GUGUUGAUCUUGCUGGCGUUUAUCCUCAACCCUUGUGUGAGACGAAGUGUUAGCAACCUCAUAUUCGCUAGUAUUGCUGUGGCCGACAGUUGUACUAUUUGUUGGACUGUUCCCUUGUCGCUGGUUUCUAGGUUUAAUAGAGGAUGGCCCUGGAAUUUUACAGGACAAUGUGAACGAAGGACCGACGUGUAAUUUCAGUGGUGUCCUGGACAACUCUGUCGCUGUAUGUAGCAUGUGGACACUUGGACUAUAUGCUCUAGACAGGUUGAUCUACGUAAUGUACCCGCUGAAGUACCACACCAAGAUGAACCGAAGGAAGGCAAUGUUCAUGUUACUCGGUAUCUGGGUUUACUCCACUGCUCUGUCCCUCCCUCCGGUCUUCGGAUACAACAAAUACAAGUUCAGUAAGAACACCUAUACAUGUGGAAUUGGAAACCCUGAGGGCAGCUAUUUCCUGCUUUUCUGCAUCGGAGCCUUUCCUAUUCCUCUAGCAACCAUCUGUAUUUCUUACAUCGUCAUAUAUAUCAUCGCUAGGGAGAACAGCAGGAGAGUUAGUAGUCUGUGUGAAUCACUGUACGACGGAAGUGAAAAUCUCAUGAAGAAGGCAAAAUCCCACAUCAAGUCAACAGCGGUGGUCAGCGCAGUUAUCAUUUGCUCCUUAAUAUGCCUCCUGCCUGUCUUUAUCAUAGGCAUAUACUAUGCCAUAGCUCAACCUUCGGAGCAGGAAGUGGAAGAUCGUAAGUUUACUAACAGUUGCUAA